CGUGUAUGCGCGCUGUGCCCCUUCGGCUGUGUGCGUGCAGCCGUGCGUCGAUCGAACUGUCAGGUCGGUCGUUAUGGCAACCUGCGCAACCAACCAACCAAACACAAAACGGGUCGUCGCAAACAACGGGGCUUUCUUUCACGGUUUGGUCGGUUCGCUGCCGUCGGCGGCUGCUUUUGGAGGGUUAAAAUUGUGUGAAAACAGGGGGAAAACAACUGUGAAAAAGUGAUUAGCUUGUUUGUGAGUGGCUUCGCCACCGAUUGGUUAAGAUUUGUAAGUGCAAGCACAUUGGCAAAAUGUUUAUUUAUCUGAGCAAAAAGAUUGCAAUCCCGAACAACACGCGGUUGAACUGUAUCGCUUGGAACAAGGACCAGGGGUACGUGGCGGUCGGCGGCGAGGAUGGGCUGCUGAAGGUGCUGAAGCUGGAGCAGGCCAGCAGUACGGCGGUGUCGGCCCAGCCGGGCAAAGCGCUCCAGGCGAGCAACCUGUCCAUGAACCAAACGCUGGAGGGCCACAAAUCGGCCAUCCAGGUGGUAACGUGGAACGAGUCGCAGCAGAAGCUCACCUCCUCCGACAAGGAUGGCGUCAUCAUGGUGUGGAUGCUGUACAAGGGCUCCUGGUACGAGGAGAUGACGAACGAUCGGAAGAAGAGCACCGUCAGGGGGAUGGCGUGGACGAGCGAUGGGCAGAAGAUCUGCAUCGUGUACGAGGACGGCACGGUCAUCGUAGGCUCGGUCGACGGCAACCGCAUCUGGGGCAAGGAGCUGAAGAGCGUAUCGCUGACCGGGGUGCAGUGGAGCCCGGACGGGCGGCUGCUGCUGUUCAGCAUCAAGAACGGCGAGGUGCACCUGUACGACAACCAGGGCAUCUUCGUGAUGAAGCUGCACGUGCAGUGCGUGUAUCUGACGCCGGCCAAAAGCGUGACGGUGGUGGGGCUGUGCUGGUUCCACCGAGGGACCUCGCCGAGCCGGCCGGUGCUGGCGAUUUGCUACGAGAACGGGCGCAUGCAGCUGAUGCGCAACGAGAACGACGAUGCGCCGGUGGUGGUGGACACGGGGCUGCAGGCGAUCUCGUGCAUGUGGAACCACGACGGCACGAUACUGGCCGUGUGCGGCAUGAAGACGAACCUGGCCAGCGAUAAGGACAGCAGCCAGGUGAUGUUCUACACGCCGUACGGUGUGCACAUUCGGACGCUGAAAAUUCCGGGCAAAGAAAUCACCUCCCUCUCCUGGGAGGGCAAAUCGCUGCGCAUCGCGCUGUCGGUAGAUUCGUUCAUCUACUUUGCGAACAUCCGGCCCGAUUACAAUUGGUGCUACUUCAACCGCACCGUUUGCUACCAGGAAGCGAUAGCGAGCGGCGGCGGUAGCGACGAGAUCGACACGGUUACCUUUUGGGACACCAACUCGAACCAGUGCUACGCGAAGCAGAUCGAUGCGCUGAUGUCGAUGGCGGCGUCGGUGGACCACUGCGUGCUGGCGGUGGAGACGCGCAUGACCGGGAAGGAGUUUAGCAUUGUGGCCGAAGGCAAGGGCAAGGAGCUGAUGUACCAGCUGCUGGUGUGCAACUCGAUCAGCACGACGGUGGAUUCGAAAUACAUCGAUAUACGGCCCGAAUUUAUAACGAUGAACUCAUCGCACGUGAUUGUGACUUCGAAGGAUCAUUUUCUGCUCUGGCAUUAUCAUACACCAAAGGGUGCCUCAACGCUGCACGCUAACCUGAAGCUGAAGCGCGACCGAAAGUACCACAUCGACGAUACGCCCGCCCUGGAGGUGCUGAACGAUCUCGACGCCAAAACGGCGAACGAAAUCCCGCCCAAGCUCGACCCGAGCCAGGAUCCGAUCUGUUGCGUCGCCUGCUCGGAGAACCUGCUGCUCGUUGGGCGCGAAAGCGGUCUCAUCCACGAGUACACGCUGCCCCACCUCGUAAUGCGCAACCGGCACUACCUGCAGGCACGCAGCUACAAGCUGGCCAUCAACAGCAACUCGACCCGUGCCGCAAUGAUCGAUUGCAACGGCGUGCUCACGACGCUCACGCUGCGCGACGAUACGAGCGAAUCGGAACCGGCCUCCUCGACCGCGCACAUCGAGCGGAAGGACGUGUGGGCAAUCUGCUGGGCCCGGGACAACCCGCAGCUGCUGGCGAUCAUGGAGAAGACGCGCAUGUACAUACUGCGCGGUGCCGACCCGGAGGAACCGAUCACCUGCUCCGGCUACAUCUGUAACUUCGAGGAGCUCGAGAUUACGGGCGUCCUGCUGGACGACAUUGUGAAGGGUGGCGCGACGCCGAACGUGAAGGAGCAUCUGCUGCAGCUGCGGGUGAAGUCGCUCCGCGACACCGAGGACCUGCUGGCGCACGUCGGCAUCGCCGAGGCGAAACAAUUCAUCGAGGACAAUGCGCACCCGCGGCUGUGGCGGCUGCUGGCCGAAGCGUCGCUCAAAAAGCUCGAUCUCGAGACGGCCGAGGCGGCGUUCGUCCGGUGCAGCAACUAUCCCGGCCUGCAGCUUAUCAAGCGGCUGAAAACGAUCCAGCUCGAGGCGCUGCAGCGGGCCGAGAUAGCGGCCUUCUUCGGCGAGUUUGACGAGGCAGAAAAGCUGUACAUGGACGUGGACCGGCGGGACUGCGCGAUACGGCUGCGCCAGACGCUGUGCGACUGGUUUCGCACGGUGCAGCUGUACCGGCUCGGGCCCGGCAUCUCGGACCAGCAGAUGGAGAGUGCGUGGCGCGAGAUCGGCCACCACUACAUGAGCAUGCGGGCGUGGGACAGCGCGAAGGAGUACUACGAGCGGGCGCACCACACGGAGGGCCUGAUGGAUGCGCUGUACGCGCUCGAGCAGUACGACGAGCUGGUCGGGUGCAUGCACCGGCUGCCGGAGAAGAGCCCGCAGCUGGCGAAGCUCGGCCAGCAGCUCGCGACGGUCGGGAUGUGCGAGCAGUCGGUGGCCGCCUACCUGAAGCUCGGGGAUGUGAAGUCGGCCGUGUCGACGUGCAUCGGCCUGCGCCAGUGGGGGCUCGCGGUCGAGCUGGCCCAGAAGUACCGGAUGCCGCAGAUCAACACGCUGCUCAGCAAGCACGCGGCCCAGCUGCUGCACGAGGGCAAGCUGCCGGAAGCGAUCGAGCUGCAGCGCAAGGCGGGCCGGUACCUGGACGCGGCCCGGCUGCUGGUCAAGAUGGCCGAGGCGGAGGCGGACAAGCGUUCGGACUACGUGCGCAUCAAGCAGCUGUACGUGCUGUCCGGGCUGCUGGCGGAGGAACACAUCGAGAAGCAGCUGGCGGUGCAGGCGGCCGGCAGUAGAGCGGUCGUGCUCGCGCAGCUCAGCCCCGAAGAUGCCGUGCUGAUCGAGCAGAUCUGGCACCAGGCGGAGGCGUACCACUACAUGCUGCUGGCACAGCGCCAGCUAAGGUCGGGCCUGCUGCACAGUGCGGUGGUGACGGCGCUCCGGCUGCGCGACUACGAGGACGUGCUGGAGGUGGAGGCGCUGUACGCGCUGCUCGCCCUCGCCAGCUGUGCCGACCGGUCGUUCGGCACCUGCUCGAAAGCGUUCAUCAAGCUGGAAUCGCUCGAAACGCUCUCGGAGGCACGCCGGCAGCAGUACGAGGAGCUGGCGAUCGAAAUCUUCUCCCGGUACGACCCGCUGGACGGGAAGACGAAGCACAUCAGCUGCUUCACCUGCGAGACACCGGUCGCCGACUGCAGCACGCUCUGCCCGAGCUGCGGCAGCCGGUUUCCGCCGUGCGUGGCGUCCGGCCAGCCACUGACCAAUCCGACCGGUGCGUGGCAGUGCACCGGGUGCUACCAUCUGGCCAGCCCGCUCGAGAUCGGUACCCGCAAGACCUGCCCGCUCUGUCAUCGUGUCAUAGCACCGGCAAAGGGAGCUAUCGAGAUCUGAGAAGCAUCUAGCAGUGUUGUGUGGUUGUGUCUGAGAUCUUUCGGUGUGUAUUUGGUAGAUCCCGGCGUCCAGGAAAUGCACAGAACAAACCCAAUUCUCCCUGCACAGCUGUAACACCGUGUGAAACAGAAACAAAUAGAUCAUAUCAUGAUGUACCGGUUCA